AGUAAGUUUGAUCAGCGCAUGUUUUGUUUUUAGGUCAACCAGCCUGAUGCCUACUUAUGUACAGCUUAUCCUGUUGAAGAUGAGGAAUAUUAUAUUUAUUCUGAGCCUACUGAUCAUUCAGGUCUUAAGAUAUACACCACAUUUCAGAAGCCUCAGUUUGUGGCUGGAAUAUUUCUUUUGGCUAGUUACUGGUUUCAAAUUCCACCCCAAGUGUCAUCAUAUUGUAGCAUAUCCUGUAGAUAUCAGCUAUACUUUCCAAAAAGAGAAAAGUAUAUUCCCCUUUGCAUAUAGAACACAUGCUCAUUGUGAUAGUAAGUGUAUGUGUUUUGCGUGGCUGGUAGUGCAGUGUGUGUGCCUGUGUAUGAAAUGACCAGUGGACCUUGAGUGUACAAGCUUGAGUGAACAGCAGUGUGUCAGGAACUGUGUGUAAAAGGAAGUCAGAGUAUAGAGAACAAGUGGCUGGAGUAAAGAGCAUAAAGAUGGACGAAUAAAAACAUUGUGUUUAUUGAAGCUCAUGUUGUUUUAGUCUAUUACACAUGGACUAGGUAAAACAUAAUUUUUAAAUUAUCUUUUUUUUUAACCUA